AUGGUGAACUACGAGCUGCGUCGGCAGGUCAUCACUGUCUACAAGGAGCUCUUGUUCCUGGGGCGUGAAUAUCCCCUAGGUUAUCAGUAUUUCAGAGAUCGACUACAUCGGGCAUUUGCGAGUCAGGCUCAAAUUACAGACGAUGAGCAAAUCCGCAAGGGCAUCGCGAGAGCUGAGUUCGUGAAGAAAGAAGUGGAAGCACUGUAA